AUGGGCGCCCAACAAUCUUCCGAGACCUCAAAUGCUGGGGGUUCUGCUCCUGUUGCAAAGACAUGUUACUAUGAACUGCUAAACGUUGAGCGUUCAGCUACAGAUGACGAGAUCAAGCGAGCUUACCGCCGAAAGGCUCUCGAGCUUCAUCCUGAUCGCAACUACAACGAUGUCGAAAAUGCCACACGUCGCUUUGCCGAAGUCCAGACCGCUUACGAGAUCCUGUCCGAUCCUCAAGAGAGAGCAUGGUACGACUCGCACCGAGACGCCAUCCUGAGCGGAAGAGAUGCCGACGGGGACGGAGGAAACCCCACUACCUUCCGAAAUGUGCGACUUACAUCGGCCGAGGAGAUUAUGGGCUUGAUCCGCAAGUUUAACGCUGCUGUGCCUUUCGAUGAUGAACCAACUGGCUUCUAUGGAAUCUGUAGAGAGACCUUUGAGCAUUUGGCAUUAGAGGAAGAGGUUGCUGCAGACAACGACGACCUCGACGUACGAGACUACCCGGUUUUUGGCUCAUCCGACGAUGAUUACGAGGAUGUCGUCAAGCCUUUCUAUAAUGCAUGGGCUGGUUUCUCAACAGUCAAGUCAUUCGCUUGGAAAGACAAGUACCGUCUUUCUGAUGCCCCUGAUCGCCGUGUUCGCCGCUUGAUGGAAAAGGAGAACAAGAAGAUGCGCGACGAUGCUAUACGAGAAUUUAACGACGCCGUCAACUUCCUAGUGGGCUUUGUGCGCAAAAGAGACCCCAGAUACCUGCCGAACUCCCAGACUCAUGACGAGCGCCAAGCUUCAUUGCGCAACGCUGCUGCUGCUCAGGCCGCCCGAUCGCGCGCAGCGAAUCAGGAGCGCAUGUCUGCCUUUGAAAUCCCUGAAUGGGCUCAGGCCCGGUCUGACGAAAAUGGAGUGGAGGGUGAUUUCUCGGAGUCUGAGGAGGAGUCCGAGGUCGAGAUUUUGGAGUGUGUUGUAUGCAAUAAGACUUUCAAGAGCGAGAAGCAGCUUGAGGCACACGAGAAGAGCAAGAAACAUACCAAGGCGGUUCAGCAAUUGCGCCGGCAGCUGAAGCGUGAAGGUGCUGAGUUGCAGCUUGACGAGGCAUCGCCUCAGAGCCAGGAGACCGUCAACCAGGACGGUCAAGGGGAAGAUACAACAUCCAGCAAGUACAAGGAGAUGGAGGACGAGGACGAGGGGGGCCCAAUUCCCGUCGAACAAGCUGCACCUUCUACCAACGAUGGGUUGCAGGAGGGAGUGGCUGCGCAUUCUACGGACGCUUCGGAUGACACCGACUAUGCACCAAGAGACAUUGUCGAGGAGAGAAUAGCUAACGCCAGCAAAUACAAGUCGGAUGGUAACAAGACCAAUGAAGAUGAACUAUCUGAAUCUGUUCAGAAUCUAUCUGUCGAUGAGCCUGCGCAAGGCAAGAAGGUUGGAAAGGCAAAGGCAAAGCGUGCCAAGAAGGCUGCAGCUGCACAAACACAGCAGGAGAUCUCACCACAGUGUGGAUAUUGUGGAGAGUCAUUCACUUCCAGGACCAAGUUGUUCGCGCAUAUCCGUGACGAGGGACAUGCUGCACUAAAACCAGUGACUGGGGGCAACGGGAAGAAGAAACGAUAA